GGGAGGGAGAGAAUUUUAGUAUUCCUGCAAAGCAAAGAUGAGAAGAACUCUUGCUCCUUUUUAUUUUUUUAUUAUAUUUAUAUCCAGUGACCUUGGUUAUUGCACUGACCUCAACAGUGGAAGUGGUUCUGGUUCUUCAGGUGUAGACCCAACUACUCCUUCUCCUCCUUAUCCUCCUCCUGUAUAUCAGGACCCACCAAUUACUUAUGGUAACCUAACAUGUGAUUGGUAUGAUGUUAGUGAUUCAGUAUGUCAGCAAGUAUUUAGUUAUCCUGUCAUAAACAAUCACUCCAGAGGUGACUUUGUUACGAUAUACAGUGACCUCCUGUCCAUAUUUGGUGCCCUUGGAAAUACAGGUGCUGCUUCUAUUUGUAGUCUUAAUGCGGCCCCACUGUUAUGUCAUUUCACCUUCCCUUACUGUGACCCUGCCUACUCUCUGUUAGUACCAGUCUAUCAGCCAUUGUGUAGGAGGGACUGUGAGCUAAUGAGGGAUUUCAUGUGUAAAGAAGAAUGGGAAGCUACGAAGAGACUGGAGGGGAUAUUGAGGUUUGGUUUAGUGGAUCGGUUCAAUUGUGAGCUACUGGAGCCGAGCAAUGGAGGGGAGCCGCCGAUGUGUAUCAGUACACUGGACAGUGGUGAGUGGACACUGGUUGAAUG